GAAUUAUUCAUGAAUGCAGUAUAUCGUGGCAUUGAUAAUACAAAAUGGCAGACUCUUGUCUACAGAAUAUUUUUUUCUUGUAAACGUCAGCAAAGAAAAAGUCAAUAAGAAGUGAUUGUUGAAUAUUUUUAGUAAGCCUUGUUGGAAUGUUUCUUGAAAAAAAAGAGCUUUUUGUGCAAUUCGUAUUGACUGGUGCUAUAGGUCUUUGUUCGUCCAUUGGUGAUCAAGGUUUAAGAUAUGGAAAGACUGCUGCAUCACGCGCAAUAUUUGACAAUAUUACUCAUGCGAUCGUCGGUGGUCUCAUUUGGGCAGUUAUUUUAACUUUGUUAAAAAGGCCUCUUACGCAAAAUUUUCGUAGCAUUAUCUGGUGCACCGUUUUAUCAUCUCUUAUUGAUAUAGACCACUUUAUUGCAGCAUGGAGCUGGAAGUUAAGCGAUGCCACGCACUUGGAAAAACGACCAUUUAUGCAUUGUACAACACUUCCCAUUAUAAUCUGGCUCAUACUUAAUUAUUACUCGAGCGCGUAUAAUCAUCCACAACUAAGCCAUGUCUCCUGGAUGAUUUUAGCAAGCUUCUUAAGCCAUCACAUACGUGAUGGCACACGAAGGGGAUUAUGGUUUUGUCCUAUAGGUUCUACACAACCUAUUCCUUACUACUUAUAUUUAAGUAUGUCUAUGAUGCUUCCUUACGUGUUGCAGUGGUUGAUGAUACCAAGUGAUUAUGACUUCAAGGCAUACAAUAAUGUGACAUUGAACCAUAUGGUGUAAAUAUUAUAAAAACAUGUCACUCUAUAUGUACAUAUAUAUAAAACUUCAUUAAUACAAACUUUAAUCUAGUUUUGCUACUAGAAAGGAUUACAAUGCGUAGCAUGUAUUUUAUACAACAUUUGUAUUUUUAUAAAAACAUCAGACUGCUAUUGUGAUUAUUAUCGGUUAACUAAAGAGUUUAAAAAAAGAUAUAUUAAACGAACUUGUUAUUUAUU